UCUGUGCUCUGAAAUCCAAGGAAGUCGACUUGGUUUUAGAUUACGACAGCGAGAAAAGGGAAGUUGGUUUGUUGAACAUGUUGAAAUUCAUGAAUUGCAUUAUUUUUGCUUCAAACCCACCAGCCACAGGAUCUAAAUGUCACUCUCGCUUCUUUGGUAAGACAAAAUUCAUGGUUUUAUUCUAAUGUCAUGUUGAAUGCUUGGUAGAAUCCCCAGCACUGCUGUGUGAAUCCAGGCGAUGAGUGUCAUGGCAGUCCAGUCUGUGAGAUCGGUGACAGCCGUCAUGUUGCUGAGGCUCUUCUUUCUCUCAGGUGCUGUGGCUGAUUGUGGGAAAGAUCCAGCUCUAUUCAUUGAUACACCAAAAGAGAUAAAAGCACUGAAUGGAUCGUGUCUGCAUAUCCCAUGUAACUUCAGUGCUAAACCACAGAAGGAUUUCAACAGCGCACGUAUAACCUUCGGAGUGUGGAUGAAAGAUACCGUUGACUUUGCAAACAAUCCAGAUGAUGUGGUUUUCAACAGUAGCAGGAAGGAUAAUAUCUAUCCAAUGACUCUAACUGGAGACCUGAGUCAGAACAACUGCACCACCUCAUUUUCCAGUUUAAUGACAUCAUACACAGGUCAAUACUUCUUCAGGGUUGAGAACAAGCCAUUUAUUGCAACAGCUUCUUGUAAUCCUCUUCAAAUCACAGUUACGGAUUCUGCUCCAAAGCCCAGGAUUGAGAUCCCAGCUGCUCUGAAGGAGAAAGAGUCUGUCUCCGUCAGCUGCUCAGCGUCCACUCCCUGUCCACACUCUCCUCCUAAACUCACCUGGAACCUCCAGCAAGACGCUCCCGCCAUGAUGGAGGAAAACACAGAUCGGACCUUCACAACAAAGAUCCAGAAGAUCAUGGCUCUGUCAGAGGAACACGAUGGAUUCACCAUCACCUGUUCUGCCUCAUAUCCUGUGAAUGAAGGAACAGAUAAGAAGACGGCAGAGGAGACAACGACUCUCAAGGUCUCCUACGCUCCCAAGGACACCUCGGCGUCCAUCAGUCCAUCAGGUCCGGUGUCGGCAGGUAGCUGGGUGAACCUGACCUGCUCCAGCAGAGCCAAUCCUCCCGUCAGCCGCUUCCUCUGGUUCAAGAACAGCCUCGAUGGACCCGUCACUGUGUUUCAAGGAGACUUUUACCGCUUCAAUGUCACCGAUGGAGGCGUUUAUUACUGUGUGGCCACCAAUCAGCUUGGUAAUCAAUCAUCAUCAGAGAUCCAUCUGACUAUCGAAGGAGUAGGUAACCCUCAACUAUUGGCUGCAGUUCUUGGAGGGAUCAUUGGGAUUAUUGUACUCAUCGGCUUUUUGUUUUGUUUUUGGCGUUUAAAGGCAACACAUCCAACUGCACAACAGAGCCAGAAUCCGAUUAUUGAAGAGACAAGAGAAGACGACAUCCAUUAUGGAGAGAUUAACUUCUCGAGGCGCGGACCUGAACCGGCCUCGGUGCAGAACAGCGGACAGCAGCAGGAGACGCUGUACGCUCAGGUCAACGUGUCCAAGACCGUGAAGAGCUCCACUGCUGACGCCACAGAGGAUCUCUACGCUCAAGUGAAGAGGAAAUGAGCAUCGUCUGCAGUCACGUUCGGGUUGGAUUUUUUAUAUAAAUUCAAGUUUUUACAAAUACAAGAAGUUCCAUCUAAACAAACUGCUAAAAGACAGCCGACACACCCUGCGGUUCACACAGCAGGGUGUGUCAUCUCAUCUACUAUCUAUUUGGUUUCUUACAUCACCCAUUUGUAUCUAAAAAUUAACAUGAGACAUUUUCUGCAUUUGAAGAAAUUUAUUUAUUGCAUAGUAAUAAAAACCAUACAAGACUUGUUAAAUGUCC